CCACGCUUCCCCGACAUCACCUCACUACUGAACAUCACUACUCCGCGAUUGGAUACCGCCCGACCACCGCACGAGGCGUGGAAUAGCUCGAUAGUAGCUCUGCUCUCUCCCCCCCCGUCUCUCUCUUGUGCCAUCUUCCGCGCCAUCGCAAGCUCCCGCUCUUUGCGGUAAACUCACUUUCGAGUGCGCCUAUGAUUGCUCCGUAGCCAUCGGAUGCACCAUGAACUUUGACGAUGACGACGAGAACGGAAAUGGCUCCCCGGAUACAAGUUCAGACAAUGAGAAUGAAGAUGAGGCCAUGGAGGAUGUGGACGAUGCCGACGUAGAUGCCGAUGUGGACGCCGACGCCGAAGGAGACGGGGAUGCAGAAGGCGAGGGUGAUGGCGACGUGGACGACGCUGAAGGGGACGAGGAUGACAAUGACGACGAAGAGGGCGAGGGCGAGGCCGACAAUGACGAAGACGAACAGGACGAGGCGGCUAGUCCCUCGCAAGCCCCUCAAACCGCAGGCUCCCCACAUGCAUCCGGAGAGAGCGGAAACCAGACGGCUACGUUUACCUCGCCAUCUCCGAGAGUUGCAUCGACAUCCGCUACUGGCGGCCUCCCUUUCCGACCGACAGUGCGCCCUGAGGCUCUCACUGCAGCCUUCUAUGAUAUCGUUCCUACCAUUGCCGCCCCCCACAGCACCUCAAUCAACGCCAUCACGGCGACCCCAGACAUGCGAUGGGUAUUCAGUGGCGGUGCUGAUGGUUACAUCCGAAAGUUCAAUUGGGUCGAUACCGUGAAUGGGAAAUUGGCACUCACUGUCAAUCAACGACAUCCGUUUGUCGACAGUGUCACAAAGGCUGGCGUACUGUUGAGUUACUGGGAAAAUGAGGAUAAUGCAGAGCGGAAUGGCCUCGAGGACGCAGUCAGCCUCUCGCCCGUUUACUCGCUUGCGGUGCAUCACCAGGCGCUCUGGUUACUGUCUGGUACGGAAUCUGGCGGAAUCAACCUGCAGUCUGUUCGGCAUCAGGAAGGACAUCGAAUCACCACCCUAAGAAAGCACACCUCCGCUGUCUCCGUUCUGACGUUAUCACAAGACGAGCAGUCUGUACUGUCCGGAAGCUGGGAUAAAACCAUCAACGACUGGGAUCUGAACACUGGGCAGGUCAAGCGGAAGUUUGAAACCAGUGGUAGCCAGAUAUCAGCUAUUGAACAGCGGCCUCUCUCUACCCUGCCCAUUCCCCAAGACACGGAGACGCUACCCUUGCCGAACGGCACGUUCUCAUCAAACAAUGCCGCCCGCCCGGUUGCUAACGGAAGCCUCACCAAUGGUGCGGCAUCUUUGGCGCGUCCGAGUCAAGCGGGCAAUGAAGCACUCAAUGAGGAUGCGGCCGGCUCACCCGUGGACUCCCUCUUCGGAGACAACGCAUCCUUGUUCGGGGACGACAAGGACCCAUCAGGCGGACCCUCGGCAUUGGCACCUUUCGGUGAGGACGACGAAGAUGACUUCUCCAGGGCGAUUGCUAGCGAGGUUCAACGGGCGGACGCCAACUCACACGCAGACCUCGACAUGAUGGAUGCAGGCGGGCCUGUGCAGGCGCCUGAACCGGAAUCGGGAGCUGGGCAGACCGACGCUGCCACAAACGCUCAGCCGGAUGCAAUGCUUAACGGUAAUUCCGCUGUAGAUGCCGUCGCAAACGGACUUCCACACUCCGAGGAGAUCACGACAGUUUUUCGAGAUAAUGGAGCGGCGCAAGCCGAACAACCAAGCUCAUCCGAGACGACGUUCAUGGAUGCUUCCAUAGACGGCACGAUACGGAUCUGGGACCGGCGACAACAGAACCCGAUUGCACGAAUCGUACCUCCUAGAUCCACCCCGCCAUGGUGCAUGAAUGCAUGCUGGUCCCCGGACGGCAACUUCAUCUAUGCUGGCCGCCGGAAUGCCACUGUAGAUGAAUAUAGCCUACACAAGAGCUUGAGGGAGCCCCGCAGAACAUUCAAGUUUCCAGGUGUGAGCGGCGCCGUCAGCGCAGUGCGUGCCAUGCCAAAUGCGAAGCAUCUCGUCUGCGCAUCACAUGACAUUCUCCGGUUGUAUGACCUGCGUGAGCAGGACAGCUCCCGGACUUCGGCGGUGCCAUACUUGAUCAUACCCGGCCAUCGCACAGGUGUCGUGUCGCAGCUAUACCUGGAUCCGACGUGCUCGUACAUGAUAUCCACAGGUGGAAACAGGGGAUGGGAAGGCACCAACACAGAGGUGUUACUUGGCUACGAAAUCGGCAUAGGGACAUGACACUGUUUUUGACUAUACCCAGGGGCAUCGGCGUUUUGUUUCCUCAGGGUGUACAUAUACAAACCCCUUGUCGGGCAGGGGGAUCCAAUGCAUUUCAUGGAAUGGUAGUAUUCUAGAUGGCCUUCAAGGGCAUAUGCCAUCACUCACCGCAUAUCAUACCAUAAGACUGUCUGGAAUUAACGGAUCUUAUUGCAUCAAUCGGAAGGUCAUCUGAG